GCUCGGCGGCCGGUGAUGGCGGCGGAGGGCGGUGCGGGCGGCGCCGGCCUGGGCCUGGCUCUGGUUCAGGGUAAAGCAGGCCGCGCCGCCCGCGUCGGGGACCCUGGGGACCUGGUGGCUCUAGCCCGGCAGGUUCAGCAGGCGGAGGAGUUCAUCCGAGCCAACGCCUGCAGCAAGCUGACUGUCAUCGCCGAGCAGAUCCGGUCCCUGCAAGAGCAGGCACGGAAGGUUUUGGAUGAAGCUAACAGAGAUGCUGAUCUGCACCACGUGGCCUGCAACCUCGUGAAGAAGCCAGGAAACAUUUACUACAUGUACAGGCGGGAGAGCGGCCAGCGGUACUUCUCCAUCUUGUCUCCUGAGGAAUGGGGGACCAGUCCUCACGAAUUUCUUGGUGCCUAUAAGCUCCAGCAUGAUAUGUCCUGGACUCCGUUUGAGGACAUCGAGAGACGCGAUGCUGAACUUGACGUCUUGGACAAGCUGCUGAGCCGGCAGGCAGCACUGCCCCCGUGUGUGGAGCCCAACUUCCAGGGCCUGACCCAGUGACAUCAGUGUCCACACGGGGACCUCCCGAGCAGAGUCCCUGUGUGAGUACACACAGUGCCUGCAUGCUGCCCAAGGCGGGGCAAGGAAGGAGACCAAGAAAACAAAAAGCUGUUGCCACCAGUACUUGCUCUGUGCUUUAAUGAGACCAGUUCUGCAGUCUGGAUUUUCUAGGGGCUUUGAGUAAUUUAUUUCUUUGACUUAAGCAAAGCUGGAGCAAGAGGCAGAUAAUAGCAGGUGGAGUCAAAUCCAGGAGGGCUUGGGGCAAAAAUGCUUGGGGCAGAUGCAGUAAUGCUAUAAAAUAUGUCCUGCUUGGCUGAUGUAUCUCCUUAUGGCUGCCUGUGGUAGAUGAUGAUGUCAGGGCUGGAUUUUGCCCCUCAUUAAAAUGUCCAUAUUUAGGAAGCUCUGGGGCUUGGCAAGAGGGGUCAAAGCCCCACACAGAAAGGUCUGUUGUGACCCAAGUCUGUUGGUCUCUGUUCCAGCUGGCCUGAACCCUUAAAUCAAGCAUAUGUGACCUGGAGCUCUCUUCUCUGGGAACAGUGUCCUCAAAAGUGCCAGGCAGACCUCAGGUGCUCUUCAGAAAGUGCACAUUUCACACUCCUUGUGCAUUCCCCUUGACUUUGUGUGGUUGAGAUGUGAGGGUGCAGGGACACUGAAUGCCUCUGUGCCAGAGCAGCAGAGAAAAUAUAUCAGUUUUGGUCUCAGAUGUAACUCUGAGACAGCCCCUGUGUCCUUGUCUGCAUGGCAAGCAUCCCUAUGGCUUUACCACAGAGCCUGGGUGGUCUGUGGGGCUGGAUGGAUAGCUCCAACCUCACAAUUUCCACUAAGAAAUGGGGAGAGGCAAAUAUCAGAGCUCUGCCC